CACAGCUUUGACCCGCGCGCGUUAAGGUGAAAUUGGUUCGGACGAGCAGGUGGCGCAUUCUCUUUGCUCGGAUAGCCUGAAAGGAGGAAAUUUCUGCCGGAAAAUGUCCCGUGAUCCGUGGUCUUUGUCUAUCCGCGCACAAGAAAACGCGAGUUUUCCCACUCGGCAGUUGGACUCUUCUGAAGCAACCGCUUCAGGUCGUGACACGAUUAGCGUUCAAGGAGACGUUAAUGGAAACUUGGACCCCGAGGAGGGCUACAGAUGGGAAGAAGGAGACAAAGUGGACCCGGCGGAACAGUCACUGCUGCAGAAGCUGCUCCGCCGCGUUGUGGUGAACUGCAACGAUCAGGUGGAGGUUCUUCAGUCGGACCCCAACUCUCCUCUGUCCUCCGUGAAGAGUUUUGAAGAGUUGAGACUAAAACCGGAGCUGUUGAAGGGGGUCUAUACGAUGGGAUUCAACAGACCGUCGAGGAUCCAGGAGACCGCGUUGCCCAUGUUGCUGGCACACCCGCCUCAGAAUCUGAUCGCUCAGUCUCAGUCGGGUACGGGUAAAACAGCAGCCUUCUCUCUGGCCAUGCUGAGCCACGUCGAUCCAAGCAACAAAUGGACCCAGUGCCUCUGCGUCGCUCCAACGUACGAGCUGGCUCUGCAGAUCGGUCAGGUCAUCGAGCAAAUGGGGCAAUUCUGCCUGGAUGUGAAAGUGGCUUACGCCAUCAGAGGGAACAGGGUGGAGCGAGGCGUCAAGCUGCAGGAGCAGAUCGUCAUCGGAACGCCGGGAACACUCCUGGACUGGUGCACCAAGCACAAGGUGAUCGACCUCAAGAAAAUCAGCAUGUUUGUGCUGGAUGAGGCCGACGUGAUGAUCGCCACUCAAGGCUUCCGGGACCAAAGCAUCCGAAUCCAGAGAGCGCUGAGCAAAGACUGCCAGAUGCUGCUCUUCUCCGCGACCUUCGAGGAGUCUUUGUGGGAGUUUGCAGAGAGGGUGAUUCCUGAGCCCAACAUCAUCCGGCUGAGGCGCGAGGAGGAGACCCUGGACAACAUCAAGCAGUUUUACGUGUCGUGCAAGAACAAAGAGGACAAGUUGGAGGCUCUCUAUAAUCUCUACGGGACCCUCACUGUUGCACAGGCCAUCGUCUUCUGCCACACUCGAGCCACUGCCGCUUGGCUUUCUGCAGUCUUAAAGCAGGAAGGCCACCAGGUGGCACUGCUGAGCGGAGAAUUGACGGUGGAGCAGAGAGCUGCCGUCAUCGAGCGCUUCAGAACUGGAAAGGAGAAAGUUCUGGUCACCACCAACGUGUGCUCCAGAGGUAUCGACGUGGAGCAGGUGUCCCUCGUGGUCAACUUUGACCUUCCGGUGAACAUGGAGGGGAAGGCCGACCACGACACCUACCUGCACCGGAUCGGUCGCUCGGGACGCUUCGGCAAAAGAGGGUUUGCCGUCAACAUGGUGGACAGCAGACUGGCCGUGGGGAUCCUCCAUCAAAUCGAGCAACAUUUUCAUCGGAAAAUCCUUGAGCUCAACACCACCAAUGUGGGAGAGAUGGAAAAGAUUCAACUUUAAUCACUUCUGCUUUAUUUUUUACUUUGAGUUUGCCUAACGUGCAUGUUUAUGGUUUUCAGUGUUCUUUGUGUUGUGAAAAAAACGAAUAUGUUGAAUGACUUUGACUAAUUUCUUGAGGUUUCUGUGAUUGUAAUUGAGUUUUAAUAAAAUAACAGUGCAUGUUUC